AUGGUUGCCAAACUCUUCUCUAUGGCGUUGCUUGCUACAGCCGUCCUGGCUCACCCCAAACGACACGAUCGAUUUCACUAUGGUGCUGGCAGCGGCACAGGGGCUGGCUGGGCUAUGCCAACUGGUGGGGUGUACCCCAUGAAUGGUACACACACCAAGGGCUCAGACUCUGGUGCCUCAGCGGGGCCCCCAUCUUCUAUCGUGGCCACGGCCGUCAAGACUGUCACCGUCCAGCCCGUCCCGCUCGAGUCAUCUUCUCCCGAUACAGCUACGGGCUUCUCAAGCGUCCCCGAAGUCGCAGCAGUCGCAUCCAACAACGACUACACAAACACAGGCGUUGCUCCAGCCUCCAGUACCGUAUCAUCUUGCUAUGUCUUAACUUCCACCAUAACUGCCACAUCUGUUCAGUAUAUCACCGUAACAGCCACUGCUGGCGUUGAUGGAUCAGAAGAUUCAGGCAAGAACUUUGGUAGCCCUUCGAACUCUGUAGCAUCUGUUCCCUCUGGAGGUGCAGGCCAGGCUUUUGGCGCUGCUCCUUCAAGCCCUUCAAGCUCGACGGCAGCAGCAGCUCCUAGUGGCGGCCCAGGGGAAUUUUUCGGUGCUUCAAGCUCGGCCCCAGCCUCGUCUACCACGCUCAGUGGACCAGACGGCCUCUCUCCCUCAAGUUCGAUCAGCCUCGUCGCUGGUACCCCCACUGCUGGAGAGUUUUUUCCCAACCCAGGAAGAAGUACAAGCGCCCCGGCCGUCGGCGGUGGCCCUUCUGUAUCCUUCCCAUCCGUGCCAUCCUAUGGCGGCCCUUCGUCAUCUGCAGUUCCAACAACCUUCGCCACUGUGACCGGUGGGUCUCCGGCUUCAAGCCCUGCAACCAGUGCCUCUUCGUCGUUGGCCACCUCAAGUCCCAGCUCCUCCCCGAACACUGGGUCGACUUCUGGCAAACGUGGUCUCUCUUAUAACGAUGCCUCCCUGACUGAGGCCUUCGCUGGCAAGGGCAUGAGCUGGGCUUACAACUGGGACGCCUCGCCUGGCGGCCAAAUUGUCUCCGGUGCAGAGUAUGUUCCCUUGCUCUGGGGUCAGAACUCUGUCUCGGGUUGGGCCAGCGCUGCCCAGGCUGCCAUCGCCAGUGGAUCCAAGCACGCCUUAAGUUUCAACGAACCUGACCUCGCCUCCCAAUCAAACAUUGAUCCUGCCACAGCUGCCAAACUGCACAUCGCCAACAUGAACCCACUCUCUGGCCGAGUUCAAAUCGGUUCUCCUGCCAUCACCAAUGGUGCAGGGACCAGCCCCCUCAUGGGCAUCGACUGGCUCAACGCAUUUUUUGAGGCAUGCAAUGGCCAAUGCAAGGUCGACUUUGUUGCAUUCCAUUGGUACGACUCAGCCAGCAACAUGGCCUAUUUCCAGAGCCAUGUCCAGGAUGUCAUCACCGCCGCCAAAGCUAAUGGCAUUAACAAGGUCUGGCUCACUGAGUUCGGUGCAACUGGCUCAGACAGUGACGUUGCCAAUUUCCUGACUGAGGCCAUGGAUUUCCUCGACUCGACUGAUGCCGUUGAGAGGUACGCCUACUUCAUGUGCUCAGAUGGCAUCCUCGUUGACGGCUCUUCGAUCUCAUCCCCCGUGGGCGCCGCCUACGCUGCCUAA